AUGGAGAUCCAGAUUGAGCAGGUCUCUGCAUCCGAUACCGUGAUGACCGCGCCGAGUGGGCCAAGCCCAUCCAUGUCGGCCCCGUCUGAUAAGGCGGUCCUAACCCCUUCAAGUCUACCUCCAACAGAGGAGCUUCAGCACCUGAGAUCUCGAGUGAAGCAACUGGAGGAACAGCUGACCAAGACAGUCCGGGUCUCUGCCGGACCUGCGACCCCAAGUCCCAACUACAAUAUCAGUACAACCAGAUCUCACUUCGCUGGUACAUUUCAUGUAGCUUCGGAGAGCGCCACUGCCGGUCAGCCACCAACCAUCUCACGAUCUAUCAUGCACAAAACAAGGGUAUUUGGACAAAGUCACUGGAUGAAUGGAGUUGCUCAGUUUGCCGAGGUUCUUGAUCUGAUAGAGCCCCUUCUUCAAAAGGAGGGUGCGCGAGCAAUGUCAAAUUUGACCAGGUGCAAGUGGCUCGGCAAAACGAUUAAAGCUCAGCGCACACCAGCAUGGCCAUGCCCACCAACGCGUGAUCUCCCCCGUAAGGAUGUUGCUGAUGCCCUGGUUGGGAAUUACCUCCGAACGUCCGAGUCCGUCUACCGCGUCCUCCAUGUUCCAACAUUCCAACGAGAUUACGAGGAUGCCAUGAAUUCGAAGAACGCGGAAAUGCCAUUUUUGAUUCUUCUGAAACUGGCGAUGGCAAUCGGAUCGUCAAUCUAUGAUGAUCGGUUUUCCAUGAGAGCAACAGCCAUCCGAUGGGUCCAUGAAGCGCAAACGUGGAUUUCCGAGCCCGAAUCCAAAGCCCGGCUCAGUCUCCAGUUUCUUCAAAUUCACAUUCUCCUUCUUUUAGCCAGAGAGAUUGUCGGCGUCGACGGCGCUCUUGUGUGGGUCUCCACCGGUGAGCUGUUUCGCCUCGCUGUGUACAUGGGACUUAAUCGGGACCCAGAGUUCCUCCCCAUAAUGCCCUGCUACUCAUCGGAAAUGCGACGAAGACUCUGGAAUACUAUUCUGGAACUCGUUUUGCAAUCGAGUAUGGAAGCAGCAGGCCCUCCCCUCUGCUCCCUGGACGACUUCAACACCUUGCCACCCGGAAACUUCGAUGAUGAAGCAAUUACCCAAGAAAACCCAAUCCCAGCACCAGAUGAUGUGUUCACUGAUGUAUCUGUUGCCUUGGCCCUUCGCAAGAUGGUGCCUCUCCGCCUAUGCAUUAUCAAGAUAUUGAAUGGCAUAUCCUCCCACGCCGGAUACGAGGAUACGCUUCGCCUUGACCAGGAACUACGUGUAGCUUCAAAACUGAUCUCUCGUGAAUUACAGGGAUACAAAACCAAGGGGAGCGGUGGAAGAGUACCAUCUGAUUACCAGACACGAAUCGUGGACUUCUUCAUUCGGCGUUAUAUGACCGCGAUUCACAUGCCAUUCUUCAGUGUGUCGUUGAACGAAACCCAGUACGCAUUUUCGAGAAAGGUCGUCAUCGAGACAUCGCUGAAAACAUGGUGCACGAUCUUCCCCAUGUCAUCGGCCAUGGCAAGCCAUUCUCAAAAUAAUGCUUUGCCUUUGGAGACUGAUGAACUGUCUCGACUUGCACUUUGUGGAACUGGCACCUUCCGCACAUCUUCCAUGCAAGCCGUGUUCCUCAUCGCAGCCGAGCUCAAAACGCAGGUUCAGGAAGAGACCUCCACCUUAGGUCCGAUGUCCCUCCGCCGUGAUCUUUAUUCCGUCUUGCAAGAGGCCAAAAAGUGGUCUCUGCACUGCAUCGAAGCAGGUGAAACAAAUAUCAAAGGAUACUUGUUUCUCUGUCUCGUUUGUGCACAGAUUAAAGGAUUGAUGAACGGUCUGUCGAGGGAAGAACUUCCCACUGUACUCCUAGAGGCAGCAGAAGAGGCGGAGGCCGGGUGUCUGAGCAUCCUGGAGGGCAAGAUCGAUUCCGCGACGAUUGAUGUAGAAAGACAGGAUGAUAUGGCAAUGGACCCGGUAUCCGAGAUAAUGGCGGACUGGAGUUUGAUGAUGCCCGACACCCACUUUUAUCUGGGGGACUCUGGUAACAUGGACUGGAUGACGAUGGAUUCGCUGGCGGCAUGCGCAUCAUAUUCAAUUGAUGGCAUUUGA